GUUGUUGCUGCUGCCGAUGGCUUUCAUGCUAGACGUAGGCCAACAAACAACAACAAGGCUGCUGGCUGGCGGCAACAAUGGGCUGCUAAUUAUAAAUCUCUCGAUCCCAGAGAAUCACAGAUGCUGAGACAUUCGGAUGUGUGGGCGCCCCAGCAUGCCAAUGUUGUUACGUCGUCAACGUCGUCGAAGCACCCUUCACCGACCCACCACCCACCCUGCCCCAGCCACCCAGCCACAGCCACCCUCGUGUGUUUUUGUUACUAUCGCGAGGGUGUCGCCGGCGCCACUUUUACUGCCAUGUGUAUUGAUUUUCUGAAUCCUUUCAGGUCCUUACACGGCACAGCUCCCUGGUGACUCCUUCAGGUGAGCCGAGCGAGCGAAUUGCAGCCUUGGCUCGGCCAGCUCCCAGCUCGGCCAACAGUGUUUGCAUUCAUUAAAAUCCCGCAGCACGCAACCGACAGCACCCCAAUUAGCCAGAUUUGCUCGCCUCUGUGCCCAGUCGACGUCACCAACGAGCCCAAAAUAAUUUGCAUUGGGGCACUCGAAGCGACGGAGCAAAGUCGCAUUUGCAUUUGAUUUGCGCGCUCCCGAUGACGAUUGGCUUUACUGUUUGUAUACCCCAGAGGCUAGCCAUGCCGUAAGCACUAAGAGGGAACAAUGAGCUCAGUUCGAGUUCGCGAGCAGAUGGCCCAGAUUAGCCGAACAAAGGCCAGCGCGUGAUGUCCACUUAGCACCUCGGAUUGUCAAGUUUCUGGUAAUCAUCAGUGCCAUCAUGCAGCACAGCUCGGCGGGAAGUGAGGAGCGGAUCACCAGCUCGACCAGCAGCCCGCGUUCCGGUCACAAAUCGGCUGGAUCCCUGUUCGGCCUGCUGAGCAAGCGACCCAGCAAGGUGGAACCUCAUCCAGUGACGCCCGAGUCCCCGGCCAGCCAACGCCGCCCGCUUUCCGCAUGCGGCCAGUACGAUGUCAGCUUCGCCAAGUGCAAUCCCGACCCCUCGGCCAACCACGUGAACAACAACAGCAACCACAAAAGCCAAACCUUGCCGCUGGAGAAGUCCCACAGUGGCCUGAUCAGCUUCCACCGGCGCACCAAGCCGCCCUCCUCGAAGGGCAAGGCCCACGCGCACCGCCACAGCACCGAUGCAGGCUCUCAGAGCGACGGAGGCACGGACGUGGUGAUGAGGCGCAAGUCCCCCAAGCACCGCUCUCCCAAUCACAACAGAUUCAGCCACCAGUUCAGUCUGUGCUGCAAGGCUGAGAAGAAGCCCUUGACUCCACCCGUCACCGUGCGUUACAAUUCCAUACCGGACAGCAACAAUGUCCUUCGGCGGGACAAUCUCUCGCUCAGCUGGAGCAUGGUGGACAACAACUCGGUGUCCAUGCACUCCAGCGAAGGAUCUACCCAGCGACCGCGGCCCUCCAGCGAGUGCGCCAGUGCCCCCGAGUCGCCGGUGGCCAGCAAAUCCUUUUUCCCCCAAUGCAGUGGAGCAGCGGCCACUGCCUCGGUGGCCAGGAGCGAGAGCUUGCAACAUCGAUCUCCCAUUCGGCCCAUUGCGGUGUCAGCUUGCCGGUCACGGCUUCGACUGAAGCUCUACCCACCAGGACAGGAGCUGCCUCCCUUGGACGCCGCUGACGAACCGGGAGACAUCAAGAGGGCCACCACGCCCCAGCACAUGUCGUCGCCCAACAUUGCCACCCAGCCGGAUGGAAUGGAUCCGAUGCAGGAACAGCUCGGAGUACGCUACAUGUCCCACGAAAACAUGACCCUGCAGCGCCAAGGCUCGGGCUCUAACCUGGCCAGGCAGACCUUGAUGGCGGCUCACGCCCUGAAUCUUAUACCGGCUGAGAAGGCCCGGGAGCGCAGCUACCUGGACGGGCGACUUGGUUCCUCCUCCCUGCUCGGACCCAGCGAGCUGAGCAGGGUCCUGCCCCAGAAGGAAGUGACCAUUUUCGUAGGAACGUGGAAUAUGAACGGACACCAUCCGCCAAAGCAGAUGAACGACUUUGUGCUGCCGGCGAAUGUGGAACAUGUGCCCGAUAUCGUGGUGGUCGGCACCCAGGAAUCCACGCCAGACCGCUUCGAGUGGGAGGUUACCAUUCAAGAGACUCUAGGACCCUCGCACGUGCUAUUCCACUCCACCACGCUGGGAACCCUUCACCUGGCCGUUUAUAUGCGGCGGGAUCUUAUCUGGUAUUGCUCCGCGCCUGAGGAUGCCUCAAUGUCGGUGCGCACGGGAUCGGCCUUUCGGACCAAGGGAGCGGUGGCCAUAUCGUUUUGUUUGUUCGGGACCUCCAUGCUGUUUGUGACCUCCCACUUGACGGCCCACCAACAGAAGGUGAAGGAGCGGGUCUCGGACGUCAAGCGGAUUAUCAACGCCCUGGAUCUCCCGCGGAAUCUGCCAAACCUACGACACAAAAGCAAGGAUGUUACUCAGAACUUUGACAAUGUUUUCUGGUGCGGUGAUCUCAACUUUCGCUUGGGAGAGCCGCGGGAGAAGCUGCUGGAGUGGAUUCAGAACACCAAGUUCCCUCUGCCUUCGCAUCUGCCGCACGGCUACAUGCACACGGAUCAGUUGUCCUCCGUGCUGGCGGACGGAGCCGCUUUUCGGGGCUUCAUGGAGGCAAACAUCACAUUUCCACCCACGUACAAGUACGACCCGGGCAGCCAGAACUUUGACACCUCAUCCAAGCAGCGGGCGCCCGCCUAUACGGACCGGAUUCUCUACAAGUACCGCCAGAUGCAGGGCCUGGUGAUCCGGCGGCAAACCAUCGUUCCGGGCGUCUCCACGCCCACGCAGCCCUACGUGCAGUGCUUGUUGUAUGACUCCGUGCCGUCGAUAACCACCUCGGAUCACAAGCCAGUGUGGGCUCUGUUCCGGACGCUCAUUCGUGCGGGAACUGAUGCAAUUCCCCUGGCUGCGGGCCUCUUUAGCCGCGACAUUUACCUGGAGGGAAUGCGCCGGCGUCUGAAUAACCAAUACACUGGAGCAUCGGCUGUCUGCGUCCUGCAGUAAAUUAACCAAAGAAUCUAUCCCAGGAAUAACUUCCUUGUAGCGUCCUACCGUCCUGCAGUGGAACGCCUCGGGCCAUUUACUCGAAUCUCUAAGUGCUAGUCAAGCUUUCCUACGGUUGUGUGACGCCUUUGUAUGCCCCCGUUAGAAUGUUAGUGUAUCUUAGUGCGCUCUAGGAUAUCGGGCGCUUCGUGAUGCUGCGGUAGUCCUAGGCGCCUCUGCCUUUCGCCUCGAGGCCUUUGUCGUAAUACGUUCCUUGUGAGAUUAUUGAAUGCAACAUACUCGAGCAACAAAUCUGUACCUCUACUCUAAAGCACAAGCCUAGUCCGUAGUUAAGCUAAAUCUGUUAAAGCUAAAGUUAGUCAAAUAUUGAGCUAUUGAACUCUGAAAUCGAAAUGAAUUACUUUGAAUGCGUAAGCUAGCAUAAAUAUACAUACUUACAUGAAUCCGGAGCGACUACUGUUGAUUCUCUACCACUAGCUUUACUUAUUAUUUUAUUAUUUAGUUCGUAAUCGAGUUAUUGUUGAAUUGUCACUAGUGAAGUUGAUUAUUUUUAUAUUUUAAAAUGCCAAAUGAAGUUUUUAAUUUGUUUUAAGCACUCCACACGUUUCUGUUUCCUUUAUUAAACGAUUUUACUGUUGA